AUGCUUCGUCCAUACACUCACACAUGCAGCCUGGAGGUUCACAGAGUAGAAGUUGCACCACUUCUCCUGCCACGUGCUUGAAUUCACUCCUACCGGACCAUCCUGGGCACCCAAGCCAGGUUUUGCAUGGAUCACCAAUGAAUCCACAUCGCAAUUCCCGGAUUUUCCGAUAUCCUGGGUGGGGCGCCAUCUAGAAACAGGUUGGGUUGAGGCUUGACAGUGUGUCCACGAUGAUUUCGUUGCCAGAAACAACCAGCUUCGACUCAUCAUCUCAAGUCUGCGCAAGUGCGAGUGGGUAUCUGUGGUAUAUUCGUACCUUCACCACGCCCUGUAUGCCGGUUGCUGCGACAUCAACCCUUGUUACCAACAACCCGUGGGCUGUCCGCUCAUUGCUCAGGGAGAGCCAGUGACAUCCACGAUAUCCACAUUCACAUCGCCAUCCUCGCGUGAAGCUACCGCGACCAUAACAACUACCGCCGACAUCUCUUCGCAAAUAACGCUCCCGGUCUCCAUCUUUCCGGCCACCCAAGAGGACAACCAAGAGGACAGCCAUGGUAUGACGAUCUCAAUCAACGCUCUCGUCGGGGUCGUGGUGGGCUGUACCAUUGCGGUCAUAUUCGUGGCCCUCGUAACUUGCAUGUGGUGGAGUCGGCGACGGCGGGAAAGGGAUGAGAAGCGUCAACAAGCACAGAGACUGGCAUCGCCACGGCUUGUGGACGAGGAGCUUGUUCCCCCGGGCCUAGAAGGCGUUUUCAACCCCAUGGCUUCGGAUGGCCCAGGCAGUAUUUUCGAUCGCGCUGAAGGCCGCAUGUCCAAGAUAUCUCACGAAAGCGGAUCGUUCCCCAUCCUACCACCACUCCGCGAUAGUUACUUGAGCGGCAGUACGCCCAGAAAACUUGCGACGAGCCCACUAUCACCAAACACGCCAAACACUUCAUCAACUAUGCCGAAAUCUGCCGAGCUCGACUCAAGUCCAAUGUGCGAACUUUCCUCUUCUGACCCCCCCAGACAUGGAAAGUUGCCAUGUCCUCAACAGGAAGACAAACCCCGUGCUGACCAACCAACCGCGGGCGACGCUGAACAGUACUCAGUGAGAACGAGAGUCCAACACAUGUGUAAAUAGCUGGACAAGGUUCCAAAACGUUCAACUUUGAAAACAAAGCUGAAUACGGGCAGGCAUUCUUGAU